AUUCUGCUGCUCGUGGCAACGGGGAAGCAGCCAUAUUGAAAUUAUGGUCAACUGAGUUAGGGGUUGGGAUUUUUAUAUUGAUUUCUUCGUUUUCAUCGCUGCCGAUCGCAGGGUGGUAUUCAGAAUGGCGGGAACGCUAGCUCAGGCUCGCGUACAACUCCAAAAUGCAGAAAGUUCUAUCCUUUUUAUGCAACAAGAACAUGCGAAAACGCUGCAAGGCCUCUACGCUGAAAUCAAUAAACUUCAGAAGAAAUGCGGAGGUAUGGGUCAUUUUUACUCGUAAACUCCCGUUUGAUUUCGUGAGAAUAACAUUCUAUUUUUUAAUUUUUAGAACUGACUUUCAAAUUAGCGAUGAAUGCUACCAGUUCUAGCGGAGAUGAGGGUAAGUUUUGGAUGAUUUCCAGCGACGUUCGAUUCUCCGUGUGAUAUUCUCAGUGUAAGCUUAAUAUUAUUUACGCGGGUACAAAGGCGAACAGAUGUUUUACCUUCCUUUUUUAAAAAAUUAUCCAAAUACCAAAAUAUAUUUUUGAAAUCAAUUAAGUCUCCGUCCCGUGAAGAAUCCAACGAAUUUUUAGUUUCAAUAUAUCUAUUUAUUUAGUUCUUGUGUUAAAGUAGUGUAAAAGUGUUGAAAGUUCGACUUGAAUUUAAUGGCGAAAAAUGUUUUAGUGAACCGGUUUCGAAGGAAAAACAUUUUCUUUAAGAAUGCAUGAACUUGUGAUUUACUGUAUUUGUACUUAUUCCGGAGUGAGAGAUCUUCAUUUAUACUUUUUGAAUUUCUAUCUCUUUGUCAUCCAUGUUUUUUGGGAAGUAUUACUUUAAUUUGUUAAGAACCUUCGUCUAUUGCAUCCAAUUCAUCUUUUAGAGCGGAUAGAUUUUCCUUGGGUUUUUAAUUGUUAAUUAUUCAACAACGUGGCUGUAAGAUACAUUUUUUUUGGCCUCAUAAGUACUUCAAGAAACCGCAAUUUUUUGUACACUAGAAAUAGUAUCAGUGUUUUUACUUUAUAUAUGUUGAAUGACAAAAUUUAAUGUAUGAUCCCAAAUUUAAAGACAAAUUGUUACAAUUAAAAUUUAUUAAAUUCAGAGGCCCUUUUAGGGAAAAUUCUUUCAGAGGACAUUCUUUGGCAACAAAUGACGGAAAGAUGGAUUGAAACUUCAGCUCCAACAAAAACAAGGGCAAAUGCCGUACGAAACUACGUGGUUAGCCCUUCAAUACCUGGAAAUAAGAGUUUUGAAAUUCAUCCGAGGGACAUAUAUACUUUAAGAGUUUGAUGUAGAUGUUAACAGCUAAACUGAAUUUUUUUUUAUUUUCAUUUACAGGACAAGUCAAGCAGAGUUUAGAUGAGUCAGAAAAGAUUUUAAAUGAGUUAAAAACUGAGAAUGUGGAACUUAAAGGGAUCAUUGAAGUGAAGAAUAAAAGGAUUGUCAUACUUGAAGGACAGUUAAAAAGUUUGAACCAAAAGUAUGUGAAAGAUCUUUCUGAUAAGGAAUCUAAUUUGGCUGUGGUAGUAAAGGAACUGGAGAAGAAAUCGGACACUGUUGCUUAUCUGACUUCGCAACUACAUAGUAAUAAACUUCGUCAGUCUGGAAGGCGUAAUCAAAGCAGACCAUCAAGUGUCAAAAAUGCUAAAGAAAUAUCACAUGAAGCAAAGGAAACAGCAGCUCAAAGUGUAGCCACUACUGGCCAUAUUUCAUCUCAGGUAGAGGCGUCCCCACCUUCAAGGACACCUGUACCACCAUCUGAGGGUACUCCUUCUAAUGCACACCGACGUUAUCGACGAUCUGUAACAUCUCCAGCUUCACAGGAUGUUAAGGCAUUAAGUAGCAAAAUGAAGACUUCAAGAGCUGUGGGGAUACAGGCUUCUCCAAAUGAGAUUCAGCUCAAUGUUUCUCCAGUAAAAUCAAGUACAGGAAUGCCCCUACGCUCAAAACGAGCUUCAUCACCCUCAAGACCAGGCUUGGGAAUUUCUAGAGCUUUGCAGCGAUCUGCAGGGAGGGACAAGCCUUUACCAGAUGAUUAUGUUGAGUUCCUGAAAACUGGCACUAGACCUGAACCCCAAGUUGUUGUACGUGCUGCUCCUGAACCCUUACCUCCAAUUUCAGCAAAUGAAAGACUUUCAACAACACCAAAACCUCCAUAUACUGGAAGAGUACAGAUGACGCGGGGUCACUCCUCCCAGGGAGUACCUGCAGCUAUUUACACAGUGGCCCCCGAGGGAGAUGGUCCUGUGGCAGUAGAGGAUGUUGGAAAAAUUAUUGUGUCACCAUUAAGUUCGCCAGAGAAGGGAUGGCGGCACAGGCAGCAGCCACAGCAGCAAAAUGGACCAGACUAAUAGGGGUGCAUGUUGUUGCCAUGUAAAUGUCUAGUGAGGGUAUUAGGAAAAGCAAUUUCAGUGUAAAAUAAUAUGUACAUUCUUUCUUGUAAAUAGUGUGCAUAACCUUAGUUUUCAAGAUGUUUUUUUUAUCCUCUCAGUAAGAAAAACAGUUUUACACUCUUCAUCAUUGUUUGUAUUGUACAGAAUACAUUGAUAAAUUCACAACGACAAGUUCUGUAAUGGAGGCAGACUAAAGAUGAUUUUUUGUUAUGAUUGAAGGUUUUUAGUAAUUUUGUUAUGGUCUUUUAACAGUUUCUCUUUUUACAAUCAAUGUCACAAAUCCUAGUGCACAAGUAUUUCUUCUGAACCUAUAAAUAUGCAUGUAAGAUAGAAAAAGAGUGUUUAGGUUUUUUCUGGUGUUAAGUUGCAUGUGAUUUCAAAGGUAAUUCAUUGCAAAAACAAUAUUGUAAGCUUAAGUAGAAAUUAAACUGAUAGACCUACAUCAACUGUUUUGUAUUAUAAGAGUAAAUUAUAGCUGCUGUAAACAUACAAAAGCGAUGUGAAUUCAAAACACCAAAAUAGACUGUAAAUGAUUAAAAUAAUGUUUUUGAGUUGUG